AUGACGGCUACGGCGACAACAAGAACGCCAUUGCCGCCAAAGACAAGGAUGAUGAGAAUGACGUCGCUCUGUGGACAAGUGAAAAAUUUGCCUGCAGAUGAACACAGACAGCCAAUCCAGCAACUACUGCCGCUGCAGCUGCAGCUGCCUUCAGGAGGUGAUGAUGGAGGUGAAAAAGCCACAGAACAGCGGAAAACAACAACACCAGCAUCAUUUAUAUGGCCAACCUUUGGCGUGGAGCAAACGUCAUCAUUAAAAAGCACUGCAACGAGUGCUGGCCCUUCGCGGAGGCCCGGUGUGAGUGUUGAUUAUUCGUCUUCUAGUUGCGCUAAAUACACAACAGCAGAAAACGUUGGCAAAGGCAUGACAAAUCAGCAGCUGAACCAUGCCACAACAGCAGCAGCAACAGUCAGCAGCAACAAUGCAACAACAUAUCCCCAUCAUCAUCAACACCCGUACUGCCAACCCUUUUGCCACCAUGCCAAUGAUUAUGAUCAUGUAGCGAAACAUCAUUGUAGCCAUCAGCAUCAGCAUCAGCAUCAUCAGCAUCGUCGUCAUCAUGAUGGUGGGGAAGUUCAUUUGCUGCCAUUAUUUGUAAAUAGUUUAUCACAAAAAGCUUCACGACCAAGAGGGCGGAGGUCCCUAACGAUUUCCACACAGAGGGCAAAUGGAGAAGUUUUAACAAAAGACUGUAAUAGUAGUUAUAGUAGUAGUAUUUCAAAGGAGGGCCAACUCCCUAGCCAUCAGCCUCACCACCAUCAACACCACCACCAGCGUCCGCCACAUCAAGCAAGGCCACAAAGACGGCCCCCUUCCAUGUUAACACCAUUGGUGAGAUAUGCGUUGACACAGCUCAUUUGUUGGGUGCUGGUGAUAUCGGCAGUGGUAACAGCGGCGUCUGCCACAAAUCCCCUCAAUCCCCAGCCACCAGCAAGUAUUAGUGUAGUCUCUCCAGCCUCCUCCUCCUCCUCGUCAUCGUCGUUGUAUACAUUUCUAGCCUCAAAUCCUGGUCGCCAUGUUUAUACCUCAGCUUUUCCGCGCCGACGCACUGCCGAUGGCACAGCCCUUAUGCAAUCGCGAGCCGUUGAUACCCGAGUACAAUUUGAAGUUCUGGAAGGCCAACCCAAAGGUACAGUGGUGGGUUUUAUACCGACUCGACCAGAUUUUACCUACCGCUUUAAUGAGCCACCGCGGGAGUUCACCUUGGACCAGGUAACGGGGGAGAUAAAGACCAACUUGGUUUUGGAUCGCGAAGGCAUGAGGGAACGCUACGAUCUGGUGGUGUUGUCCUCCCAGCCCACCUAUCCCAUAGAGGUGCGCAUCACAGUGUUGGAUGUCAAUGAUAAUGCCCCCGAGUUUCCGGAGCCCAGCAUAGCUGUUUCCUUCUCGGAGAGUGCUGCCAAGGGAACCAGCUGCCUGCUGGAUGCUGCCACAGAUUUGGAUUUGGGCGUCAAUAGUGUGAGCAACAAUUAUUCCAUUAUCGAAGGAAAUAUUGACAAUAAAUUCAGUUUGGCCGUUACUACAAACCCUGGAGGCGAUGUUUCAUAUUUGCAUUUGGAAACUACGGGAGACUUGGAUCGCGAAACAAGAUCCAUGUAUAGACUGAACAUAUCGGCUGUGGAUGGGGGUAAACCUCCCAAAUAUGGUUAUCUUCAGGUUAAUGUCUCCAUCAUCGAUGUCAAUGAUAAUCCUCCGGUUUUCGAUCACAGCGAUUACAUAGUGUCACUCAAUGAGUCAGUGUCGCCGGGCAGCAUGGUGCUGCAAGUCAUGGCCUCGGACAGAGAUUUGGGGGAUAAUAGCAAGAUUACCUAUUAUCUGGCAGAGACAGAGACCCAAUUUACCGUGGAUCCUGAGACGGGUGUUAUUUCCACCACCGAGCAUUUGAAUUGUCCCCAGCAGACAUGCCCCACAUUUUCCCGCCCCGGAGGUGCUUGUCCCAAGAGUUGUGUCUUCACCGUGUUUGCCAGGGAUCAUGGGUCGCCGCGGCAAGACGGCAGGGCCUAUGUAACGGUGAAUCUUUUGGAUACCAAUGAUCAUGAUCCGAUGAUACGUUUUCAGUAUUUUCCCCCCACUGGCUCUGUGGCCACGGUCGAUGAAAAUGCCGCCAAUGGUAGUGUGGUGGCUGCGGUGUCAGUGGUCGAUAUGGAUGAGGGCUUAAAUGGUGAGACUUCCAUUAUGAUAACCGCUGGCAAUGAGUUGGGACAUUUUCGUCUGGACAAAACCCCCUCCUUUGAUAUUGUGCGAGUCAAUGGGAUACUGGAUCGUGAGGAAAUUGGCAAAUACAAUUUGACGGUGGUGGCCACCGACAAGGGUACACCUUCGCGCACCGCAACUUCUUAUCUCAUAAUACAUGUGAACGAUGUCAACGAUCAUGAGCCGGUGUUUGAGAAAUCCGAAUACACAGCGAUUCUGAGUGAAUUGGCUCCCGCCGGCUCUUUUGUGGCAUCCAUAGCAGCCACCGAUGAGGAUACCGGAGUGAAUGCCUUGAUUUUCUAUGAUUUCGUCUCGGGCAACAACAAUCAAUGGUUUGCCAUUGACUCAGCCACCGGUCUGAUAACCACCCAAGCGGCCUUGGAUCGUGAAGUUGAGGGCUCUGUGGAGUUGAGCAUAUCGGCCCGCGAUGGAGGACCCAAUCCCAAAUGGGCCUACACCCAACUGAAGGUAACCAUUUUGGAUGAGAACGAUGAGGCUCCCCAGUUCACCCAGCAGCGCAUCAAUGUCAGCCUAAGCGAAGCAACACCAGCGCAUACCUUAAUUGCCAUGUUAACAGCCAACGAUCACGACCAGGGCACAAAUGGUUCAGUGACUUACACGCUGGCCAGUGUAACUGAGCGUCGCUAUCCUGAGCAAUUCCAGCUAGACACACUAACAGGCCAAUUAACGACCAGAAAAACUCUAGAUCGUGAAUUACAACAGAAUUAUGAAAUUUUAGUAAUCGCACGUGAUCAGGGUACACCACAGAAAUCAUCCACGGCCACGGUGAAUCUGCACAUAGAAGAUGUCAACGAUAAUGCACCAGAAUUUUAUCCGAAAAUGUAUUUUCAUGCGUUGGCGUUGCCAGGGCAACAGCAUCACAAUGGUGGCGGCAGUGGUGGUGCUCCCCAAGAUCUUGACAUUGUGAACAUGCUGCAGAGGCCAUUAUUAAAAGUUUUUGCUACUGAUCGUGAUGAGGGUGAUAAUGCCUUAAUUACUUAUACCUUAAACACAGGUGGCGAUGGUUUAUUUGUUGUCGAUACAUGGUCGGGUUCGAUUAUGUUCAGCUCUAAGCUUAUAAAUGCAGCAACAGCAGCCGCAGCAGCAGCAGCCACGACAAUGGCCUCCACAUCAUCGGCCUCCGCAUCCGCAUCAGGCUUGAGCCUAAGCACAUCCACAUCGUUGCUGCCAGAUAUUUUACAUCAUUUUGGCAAACCUCUGUACAAGCUGCACAUUACAGCCAAAGAUCGUGGUGAAAGGCAAAGUGAACAAGAUGCUGUGGUCGAGAUAGUAAUGCAGGAAAAAUUGCAAACCCUAGAAUUUGAUUCGUAUUCGCAAACCUAUGAAUUUCAACUGGUCGAAGACAAUGCCUUUGAAAUGCCCCACACAGGACGUGAAGUGGGUCAGGUUCAAGUAAAACAAGCACCAUUGUCAACAACGACAUCCUCGGAUGCCUUGGAAUAUCACAUUGUCUUCGGGGAUCCCGAGGAGAAUUUUCUUAUCAAUCGCAAGACGGGCAUGAUUACCAGCCGCAAGACCAUAGAUCGCGAGCAAACCAAUCAAUAUCAAUUGGAGGUGGUGGCCAGAAGGGGUUUGGCCUAUGGCAAGUGUUUGGUGCACAUAGGCAUCUUGGAUGUCAAUGACAAUCGGCCGGUAUUUGCCAAAGAUCGUGACGAUGAGGUGAAUCUGGCUGAAAAUUCCGCAGUAGGUCAAGAGGUGUAUAUUGCAAGGGCUAGGGAUCGAGAUUCGGGGAAUAAUAGCAGGAUAACCUAUUCGCUGAGCUUGAAUACCGAUUUGGUGUUUCGCAUUGGUCCUUCUACGGGAGUGAUCUAUCUGCAAAAGCCCCUGAAAGCUGAGCCGGGAACAUCACUGCAAUUGGAGAUUACAGCCACCGAUCAUGGCGAGCCAAACUUGUCCAAUAAACAUGGCCUUAGCAUAGUCAUCACCGAUGUGAAUGACCACACACCGGUCUUUGAAUCGACUUCCUAUGAAACCUCCUUGCUGGAGUCGACACAUGUCAAUGAACGCUUCUUUUCCGUUAAGGCCCAUGACAAAGACUUGCAGCUUAAUAGCCGCCUCUCCUAUCAGAUACUGGAGGGGAAUUUAGCUCAAAAAUUUGGCAUAUUUCCCGAUGGUUACCUGUUUGUUCGUUCGCCUUUGGAUCGUGAGGAGAAGGACUACUAUGCUCUCACGGUCAAGUGCCAGGAUGAGGGAGAACCUCAAAGGACGGCAGAAGUGCCGGUUAUCAUUCACAUAAUCGAUGAGAACGAUAAUGCCCCCCAAUUCACCAACAGUUCGUUUACCUUUAGCUUGCCAGAAAAUGAGCCUGCCGAUGCCUUUGUGGGUAAAUUAACAGCCUCCGAUAAGGAUAUAGGACGCAAUGCUGAACUGAUUUAUACGCUGGCCUCACCCGUAAAAGACUUUACCAUAGAUUCACGCAAUGGUUUUAUUAAGGCCCUUAGACCCUUUGAUCGUGAGGAACUGAUCCAAAGAAUGCCCACAACCUCAAACUCUAACUCUGCCCUCGGCAACAAUUUGGCGGGUUCGCAAAAUUUCAUACUCCUGGAAGCCAUUGUGGCGGAUAAUGGCACACCGCGCCUUAAGGACAAGGUAAAAAUCAAAAUUAUCAUCACCGAUGUCAAUGACAAUGCGCCCGAGUUUGUUAGGGCCCCUUAUAGGGUGCAAAUAUCUGAGGGGUCGCUAGUGGGUACUCAGCUGAUGAGGGUCUAUACCAAUGAUUUGGAUGAGGGUUUGAAUGGCGAUGUUUACUACUCCCUGGUCAAGGGUAAUCAGGAGGGACGUUUUGUCAUAGAUGAUGCCACAGGACAACUGUCUUUGGCCCGAAAAUUGGAUCGUGAAUAUCAAGAUGAAUAUCAGUUGGAAGUAAUGGCCAAAGAUGCGGCCAUUGAGGGCCAACAAUUGAAUUCGACCACCACCAUAACCAUAGAGGUGCUGGAUGAAAACGAUGUGGCGCCCAAGUUUGUGGAGAGUCUGAGAGAUAUCACAGUUCUAGAGACCACCCUGGUGGGCACGGAAUUGAUGCGUUUUAAGGCCCUCGAUCUGGAUUUGGGCAUUAAUGCUCAAAUAGGUUUUGCCCUGACGGCAGGAAAUCGCAAGGACACCUUUCACAUAGAUUCGUACACUGGCAUUUUGUAUCUGCACAAACCUUUGGAUUAUGAAGAAACCACAGUGUAUCACUUGAAUAUCACCGCCUCCGAUGGGGGCUCCCCACGUCUCUCCAGCACCACUCUCUUCACUGUGAAUGUGCAGGAUGAGAAUGACAAUCCUCCCAGUUUUCCCAAUACAGCCAUUGUGCGACAAAUAAAAGAGGGCAUAGAUCUGAAAACUCCCAUUGUUACGGUGACCGCCGAAGAUCCAGAUUCAGCGGAAAAUGGCAAGGUCACCUAUAGCAUUGUGAAGCAGGAUCCCGAGCUGCCAGGUGGCAGACAUUUUGGCAUUAACACCCAAACUGGAGUUAUACACACUCUCAGAGAAAUCGAUCGUGAGACAAUAGAUACAUUUCGCCUGACCGUGGUGGCCACCGAUCAGGCCCAAAAGCCAGAGUUGCAAUUGUCCGCCGAAAAACUUGUCACCGUCAUUGUGGAAGAUAUCAACGAUAAUGCUCCCGUUUUUGUCUCCAUGAAUGCUGCCAUCCUACCCUCCAAGAAUCAGCAGAUGUAUGGUCAAAGUCGUGAUGGUGCGCUGGUCAUGCAGGUGCAUGCCACCGAUGCGGACUCUUCGAGCAAUGGCAUUGUAACCUACGAAUUGGUUUCCGGCAAUAAUGAACUCUUUAAACUGCAUCGCAAUACCGGGGCCAUUACGCUGCGCAAACCCAUUGCCAAGCCGGAGAUACGCUAUACACUCUCGCUCAAGGCCACCGAUGAGGCUGUACAAAGUGAACGCAAAAGCUCGGAUGCUUAUAUAACGAUUAUUGCGACAAGUCCUUCGGGCGUUAUAGGACCGGUUUUCGAUCAGCGCGAACAAAGCGGUUCCGUGUAUGAAAAUGAACCAAUCGGUACAAGUAUUCUAACAGUGAAGGCGCGUCUAAAUAUGGCCGAAAUUGAGUACUACAUAACCAAUGUGACGGCAAUUGGUGGUGCAACAACAUCUGCGGGCUCCGUUAUGUCAUAUGGUGGCGGUCAAAUGUCCUCGGCUGCAGCAAGAGUUCUAAAUGAACGUCUAUUUCACAUAGAUACCGCUUUGGGUAUUCUAUCAACGGCCAAGGAAUUAGAUCGUGAAGCUGGUGCCGAUGUCUACGAGGUGGAGGUGUAUGCAGUGGCAUUAGGCGGUAGUCCAAGGACCACAAGUACUAAGGUCCUGUAUAUCGUACGCAGGCAACAGCAGCAGCAGCAGCAGCAACACCAACAAAUAACACCCUGA